AUGGAGCAGCCCCCCGGCCUGGAGGGCCGGCCGUGGACCGGACUGGACGGCCUCUCCGCGCGCGACUGGAACGAGCCCUGUCGAGAGGCCGAGCGCCACCUGGAGGCCAGCAUCGCCGAGGUCAUACCGCGGAUAGUGUCCUGGACGCAGCCGGACCUGGAGGACAUGGGGGUGGACUGGCGCAAAUGCAAGCGGACGGUGUACGAGGUGGUGGUGAUGCACAAGGCCGUGGAUGCGCAGGAUGCGUACAGGAACCCGCGCUGGAAGGCGCCCCCGGGCGGCAGGUAUGAUCCCCCAGCUGGUCUGUCUGUCCAGCCCUGGAUGAGGAUCGCGGAGUGGUCUGCCAAAGGCGCGCUCGCGAAGAACUGGGAGCAGGGCACUCAGACUGAGCAUGGGCGAUGGUGGCAACAAGAAAAGGAGGCCCGAAGGAAGGCCAGGCAGGAGCUCGUGCAAGCCAAGGCACAACAUGUGGGGGAUCCUAACACGGACCCACAGAUGUGGAGGAAAGUGGACAUGCGUGGCGAUCAUACACAAGAACAAGCACCCUAA